ACCAAGAGCAGCACCAGCCAAGCAGUCGCAGCUACACCAGCUACAACUAGUGCCGUCGAUUCAUCUUGCGAGCAACAGCAGCAGCUGACCAAGGAGUGCUCAGAAUCCAGCGAAGCCAUUGCCACUGAAGCAGCAGCAUCUAGCGAUCAAUCAAUGGACGUCGACGUCGACUCGAAGACCAAGCCAAACGGUGCCGUAAAUGGCGGCAGCAAGUCAUACACACAGCAGAAUGGUACCGGCGAGUCCGUUUGCAAGAUUUGCAGCAAACAUGUCUAUCAAAUGGAACAGAUCAAGGCGGAGAAGAGCGUCUUUCACAUGGCCUGCUUCCGCUGUCAGGAGUGCAAAAAACAGCUAAAGGUGGAUUCGUAUUCCUCUCACGAAGGCGUCAUGUACUGCAAGCCCCACUUUAAGCAACUCUUCCAGCCGAAGCCCGUUAUUGUGAAUGAUUCCAGCGAACCAAAGACACCAACUCCUCGUAAAUAUGAACUGAUUAUCGCGGAGAACACGCCACAGGAAUUGCCGGCUGAUGUCGUUCGCUCGAGCACCAGACAGGAAGACGUUUUUGAGAAUAUAAACCUCGACCUUAGCAACAUCAGAAAUCGUUUCGAGAACGGCGCUCGCGACAGCAACACCGACGCCAUCGUCAGCCACAGCAACGGCAGAAAGGCGAGUGGCGAGAAGCUGAUCACUCGUUCGGAGAGCAUCCACAAGAUUAUGCAAAAGUACCAAAGCAGAGUCGCAGGAGAUAAAGACACUACUAGUUCUGACGAGGAAGACAACCACUCCGCCAAGUCCGCCGACGAGCAGCAUCUGCAGCAGCAGUCGGAAAAGCAGUCAUCGCCAAAAGUGUCCUUCAGUGGCAUGUCAGCGCUGAAAACGCAGUGGGAAUCAGGUAGCAUCAACGCCAACAAUAAAAGCGAAAAGGAGCGCGUCGAGGAGGAGCUGGCCGAACUGAGACAGAAGGUGAAAACCUCGGAGCCGUUGAAGCAGGCGUACGAACGGGCCGUACAGGAGGCGAAAAGUGUGGAGAACUUGGCGGCGAAGAGCCACAGCGACAAUCUCAUUCUCGAGCACAGCUCGGUGAAGGCCGGAUCGCUGAAGGAGAAAUUUGAGAAGGGCAAGGUCGACGCUGAACAGGAGGUGGUGGACCGUGCCGAGCGAGAGCGCAAGGAACGCGAAGAGGAGAUCAGCCGCAUUGCCGUCAGUGAGACGUGCACGAAGGAGGCCCGCAACAAGUUCAAGCAGAUUGAGGCGAACAUGGGCAAGGACCAGGUGGUGCCCACGAACGGAGGUGGUGGAGGUGGUGUCCACGGCGAGGACACUAUCAGUUCGAACGAGCUUCAGCAACGUAUAAAGAACUUUGAGAACUUCAAGGACAACCAGUCAGCCAAUGCCAAAGAGGGAAGUGAUGAGAUUGACGCCAAUGUGGACGACAUUCCCAAGGCUGACACCACCAAGAAGAUGCUCGACAAGUUCAAGGCCCUCGAGGCGGGCCAGUCGGGCAACGGCGGGCCCAGCAAUGGCGCCCCCAAGUCGCCCAUUCGCAUUACGCCGCCCAGGGAGACGGCCGCCAAGUCGCUCUACGAAAGCGAGCCUGCCGCAGAGAGGGACCCGAAUAUUGUCCGCUCCAGCUACAAAACGGAAGACGACAUUCAAGUGGAGCCGGAGAAGGCGAAGAAUCUGCGCGCCAAGUUUGAGAACUGGCAAACGGAGAUUGAACGUGAGGGCCGCAAGAGCGAGAACGAGGAGGAGUACGUGCCGAACAUUGACACCACCAAGAACCUGAGGGCCAUGUUUGAGUCGAUCAAGGACGAGUACAAGCCGGCGGAGAAGCCGCGACCUCGCGUCAACCGAUUUGUGGAGAACAAGGCACCUCCUGGCGAGACUUGCUACGUUUGCUCUUCCCGACUUUAUCCAAUGGAGAAGAUGGAGUUUAGCGGUAUCAAGAUUCACAAGAACUGCUUCCGGUGUAACAAGUGCCACGCUCCACUGAGACUCGACAACUUUACUGUCACCGCCGAGAAGCUGUUUUGCAUUCCCCACUUUAAGCAGCUCUUUAUGGAGAAGGGCAAUUACGAUGAGGGCUUUGGCCUGGAGCAACACAAGGACAAGUGGUCCAACAAGAUGGCCACCACCGCCGGCGGCACCACGGCCACCACCACCAAUGGCCAGUCUGCCACCAACGGCCAGAGCAAUGGAGAAGAGAAGCUGGAGAAUGGUGAUGGCGAGGAGACUGCUGCUGAUCUUCUGGUUGAGACAACUGGCAAAGCAAUUGCCAAUGGCAAUGGCGUCCACCACGAUGAUGAAGAAGAGGAGGUGGAGGGCGAAGGUGAGCUUCUGCAGCAGCAGAAUGGACACCACCACAAUGGAGGAGGAGGAUCAGUGGAGGACCACCUCUCCACCGAAGGUGAUGACGAGCAGCAGUACGUCCAUGAAGAGCAGCCCGUAGAGGCGGAAGUUCAGCCGAAGCAGCAGCCACUGCUGCAGAAUGAUGACGAUCUGGACGUACUGCAGCAGCAGGUGGGUCACCUGGAGCUGGAGCACGGCGAGGCCAUUCUCGAUGGACCGAUUGCCCUGCCGGUGGACAACCAGGCCUAG